CGGAAAUCAGCGUUGAACUGCGGUGGUGCUGCGGUGGACCGGUGCGGACAUCUCGUAGAUCGUGGAAAUUUGUAUACGUGUAUGUAUUCAUACGUACACUCAUGCGUUGAUACCAGUGGUGGGUAGGUGCAGCACAUAAGUGCAGUCAGUGGCUUGCUUGUCUCUUGUUCCUCUUGAGUUACCUAUAGGGACUAAAAAAGAAAAACCAUCUAUAAAAUGGCUGACGAAACGUCAAAUUUUGAAGAGUGUGAUAAAAUAUAAACUAUCAUCAUCAUUGACAACUUAAGAUUUUAUGGGAAUGCACUUUAUCUACGCAUCAUCAUAAACCAUACAGUUGUUUCUAUCUCCUUGAUGUUUUGCUACCGGAUUUUCGUACGCAGCGAUUAGCAGGUGGAAUUUCUUUACGUCAUACACUACGCUAAACAAGUAUGGCGAUAAAGCCGAUAAAAAAGUGUCGGUUUUGCCGCAGGUGUAUAGUACUAUGUGAUGUAUUUAAAUAUUAACGCAUAUGAAAUAAACUGAUGGUUUGUCAUCGGUCAAGAUGAGCGAAAGAAAGUUUACUCGAGGUCUGGGCAAACCAGGGAUGGCUGCACAACUCAGGGAAACCGUAUCGCAGGUUGUUAGAGAGAGCACAGUACAGAACAAACCACACCUUGUAGAUCCCAUAGACUUUGAAAAUUUUGUACUGAAGAACAAAACUCUUCUACAAAAUGACCCACAGCGUGAGCUUUUACUGUAUCCUCAGGAUGAUGUUUCGCAAGUUGUGUUGCCAAGAAGAUAUAGAACUGUCGUCUCUACCGUACGGCAUGUUUCUGAAAGUACUGAGAGCGAAAAUGGCUGCAGUCUUCUCACUAAAGAAUGUCUUAAAACUUAUUCUUCCAAUUGGAACCUAGUGCAUUACAAAUAUACAGCAUAUAGCGGAAGUUACUUAGAAUUACCAAAAAUAACAAAUUCUGACAACCUCAAAGAUGAGGUAUAUGAAAUUGAUACAGAAGUUGAUCAAGUAGAUGAGGAUUCAACUAAGAGUGAUGGGAUUACAAAGCAGGGAUACUUAAUGAAAGGUCCUGAGAUUGGUAGCGAUCGUAUGUUUGUUCACAUUGGUUCCAAAUCAUUUAAACGCCGUUAUUGUCACUUGAGACAAGAGGUGGAUGGAACCUAUAUCCUUGAGUUAUUUAAAGAUGAAAAGAAAGGAGAAGCUAAAUUAACAAUAGUAAUGGAUUUUUGCUCUGAAGUUGUGAGGAACACUAAGCGUGGAAGAUACUGUUUUGAACUUAGAAUGACAGGAACACACAAGUCUUACAGCUUGGCUGCAGAUAGCGAAAUAGAACUACAAGAUUGGUUGCUCAAAUUAAGCUCUGUGCUUCAACACUAUAAACAGCAGGAAGAUAAGAGAGCGGCUUCAUUAGAAAGAGCCUGCAAUACACCGCCUCCGUCACCUCAGCCUAUGCAAGUGUAUGGAACCUUGAAAGGCUUGGAGCAGAGUAUGAACCCUCAGUUAAUAAGAUAUUCCAGAGAAACCGACACAAGUAUAGCAUUGUCGAGGCGUGAGAAUAGACGUAAAUUAUUUUGUAUAUAUCCUCAUAUACCGCAUGCUAAAAGCCCAACAGGCAGUUCUCCUGACACUACUAUAGAUCCUUAUAAGGAGCAAUUUGGCCAAAGAUUUUUGAUAAAAUGUGAGAGCUUGAAGUUUAGAUUACAAGCUCCGAUAGAUGAAAAGGAUUCUCUGUGCCAGGUCGAGCCUUAUCAAACUACAUUAUGUUUGUUUGAUGUAAGAAAUGGCAGGAAACUGACAGAAAACUUUCACUUCGAUAUCAACAACGAAGUAGUUAGAAAUAUUGCCAAAGAAUUGAGCCCAGUAGGAAUCAUGACUGAAAAGGAAGAGGAUGUUCCAUUGCCAGAAGAAAUCAAAAGCUUACCGAAAGAAUGGCUUAUGUAUCCCAAACAAGCUAUCUUUAGCGUCAGCAAUCCACAUCCUGACAUAUUUCUCGUUGUGAGAAUAGACAAAAUAUUACAAGGUGGUAUUUGUCAAACAUCUGAACCUUAUAUCAGAGCUACGAAAGAUCCUAGACUUGGUCUGAAACUUCAUAAACAAGUUAAAGCUGCAUGUCAAAGGCUUGGAAAUUACACAAUGCCUUUUGCUUGGGCGGCAAGGCCUUUGUUCAGAUUAUACAGCAAUGAAUUGGAUACUGCCUCAGACUUCCCAGCAAUAUACAGACAGGAAGGGAAUAAAAUCAGAGAUGAUGAAUUAUUGAAGCUUUUAUCGGAAUACAGGAAACCAGAGAAACUCAGUAAGCUCACAGUUAUACCAGGAUGGUUGAAACUAAAAAUAGAACCAAUCACAGAAAUUCCAGAAAAUACGUUAACGACUUCUUUUGUGCCAUUGAAACCAUUUCCUAUACCACCCACGUCAGAGCCGACUCUGGAAAUUGCCGAGUUUGAAGGAUCAUCGGAAAGAGAAGUUCAUCCUUACAUCACUUACAUAAAUCAUCUAUAUGUUUAUCCUCAAACCCUUUCUUUUGACACUCAAAAGAUUUUUACGAGAGCAAGAAACAUAGCUUGUAUUGUUGAGCUUAGAGACAGUGACAACGAAAAUGCUCAGCCAAUAAGAUGUAUUUACGGGAAACCUGGCUUAUCGAUUUUGCGUCUUAGAGCAUCCUGCUCAGUUCUACAUCAUAAUGCAGUCCCUUCUUGGUACGAAGAAAUAAAAAUGAGGCUACCGACUAAAUUGUCUUCAAAGCAUCAUCUUCUAUUCUCUUUCUAUCAUAUCAGCUGUGAUAUGAAUAAGAAAAAAGAAAACGGGGUUGAAAAUUGCGUUGGGUACUCGUGGGCUCCAUUACUGCACAAGGGCCGGCUAAACGUGGAUGUUCAAGUGUUACCCGUAGCUACGCAUUUACCAGCCGGUUACCUGUCCAUCCAACCCCUAGGCCUAGGGAAAGGGAAUGCUGGGCCUGAUAUAAUUUGGAUUGAUUCGCAACGUCCCAUAUUCACAGUUGGCUUUCAACUUAUCUCUACAGUAUUUGCCAGAGAUCAACAUCUACAUAAUCUAUUCGGCCAUGCUGAGCGAAUACUAGAUACCAAGCCAUCCGCCAUGCCAUCCGAAUCAGAAACGUGCAAAAUAUUGAAAGCUGCUCAUGCUAUUCAAAUGGUCACAGCUAUCACAUUUCUACCAACGAUAUUGAACCAACUUUUCACGUUGCUGAUAUUUACAUCUAAUGAAGAUGUAGGCUUAUACAUCAUCAGGGUAUUGAUACAUAUCAUUAAUAUGGUGCAUGAGGCGGAACGGAAAGAAACAUUGCAAGCUUAUGUCACGUUUGUGUUUGUAUCUCCAUCCAAGGAAACUGGAAAUACAACUGUACAUGAAGAGCUUGGAAAACAUCUUCCGACACUGUUACAACCAAGUAAUACUGACUUUUUAGUAGUCAAUAAAUUUAUGCAUCACUCCAGUUUUUUCUUUGACAUCAUGAUCAAAAGUAUGGCACAGCAUUUGCUAAACACUGGCAGAAUUAAGAUGCACAGAAACGAAAGGUUUUCCAAAGAAUAUCACAAGAACAUAGAAAAUCUUUUAGAUGUAAUUAUGCCGUAUCUCAUGAAGAGAUACAAGGAAAUGCCAGUUGAAACCCAGGAGCUAAACAAAAGCCUCGCACAUUUUUUAAAGAAAUGCUUGACAUUCAUGGAUCGAGGCUUUGUAUUUCGGUUAAUCAAUUCCUAUAUGGAUAAUUUUGCACCUGGAGAUCCCCGUGCUUUACAUGAUUUUAAAUUCAUGUUCUUACAAAUCAUUUGCUCCCACGAACAUUAUGUCUCCUUUAAUUUGCCGAUGAUGCAGUCAAGAAUAACCAGCAGAGAUACAGAGACAGAGCCUGAUAGCGAUGAGUUAAUGAAUGAGUACUGCCUGUCUGAGAACUUUUGCAAGCACCAUUUCCUGGUUGGUUUACUUUUACAAGAGGUGAAAACAUCAUUGAAUGAAAUUGUGCAAAUUAGAAAAGUUGCAGUUGCAACGUUGAGAGAUUUGAUGGCUAAACAUGAACUGGAUGAUCGGUAUCAAAAUAAAGGGCAAUUGAGUAGAAUAGCCUCAAUAUAUAUACCUUGGUUAGGUAUAGUACUGGAAAAUUUGCACAGACUAGAAUCGGUACAUGAUAGUACAUCUAAGAGUGAAGGAAAGCAAAACACGUCAAACAGAAUAUCAAGUAGUAGUUCCUUUCUGCUAAACAGAGACACCAACACUAACAAUACAACUGGUACUAGUACACCAAGGUCAAUGCAUAGAUUCACUCUGAAUUUAGAUACCCAAUCUCCUAUCAGUGUCUCCAUGCAUCUUCGGGACUCCACAUACUUUGCUGCGAUUGCUGGACAGGGUUUAGUCAAUGGAAAUUCUUGCACGAGCAUAGAAUCUGAUGCAUCUACAAUGUCUGGAGCAUCUCAAUCGAACAUUUCUCAGGAAACUGCUAUAAUUCGAGAGCCCACAGAAAAUGGUACUCAUGAACACAAAGGCCAUUCACGAUCGUUAAGCGUCACCCAGACUUCGUCUAGAUGUGACAAACUUCAAUCAGCCGAAGUCAAAGAUCUACUACUCUGCUUUUUAUUUGUUGUCAAGCAUUUAGGCGAUCAUCAGAUUAUAGCUUGGUGGCAGCAGUGCAGUGACAAUGAAUUACUUAGCUUUUUCACGGUCAUUGAAAUGAGUCUUUACCAUUUUAAAUAUGUGGGAAAACGACAGAUAGCAAGUAACUCGACUAGCACUGGUGGGAAACCACGUACUGUCAAGGCUAUGACUCUACCUGCAAGGAUGGCUCCACCAGAUUUCUCAUCUGAAACUUCUGGGACUGGUACGCUGCAGACGCAUAAUACAGUUGCUCGAGAAAAUUUAGCUGAAAAUGAGAGUGGAAAGUUACAUCAAGCGUUAUUAGAAGCUAAUAUGGCAACCGAAGUUGGUCUCAUAGCACUUGAUUGUUUGGGAUUAUACUGUAUUCAUUUCAAGGAUGCUCUCGUGACUGGCGACGGAUAUAAUCCAGUAAUGCGGAAAAUAUUUGACAUUUAUUUAUCUUUUCUACAAGUAGGACAGUCUGAGACUUUGUUAAGACACGUUUUUGCUGGAUUUAGAGCGUUUUUGAACAACUACUCCGUCACUUUAUUUCAAGGUAAUGCUGUUUUAUGUGGACGUCUGUGUUACGAGUUGCUUCGAUGCUGCAACAGUAAACUGAGUUCAAUCAGGCAAGAAUCAUGUGCUUUGUUAUAUUUGCUUAUGCGGAGCAAUUUUGAGUUCACCAGCAGGAAAGGAUUAACCAGGGUACAUCUACAGGUGAUUAUAUCUGUAUCGCAGAUGCUAGGAAAUGUGAUCGGUCUAAACAAUUCAAGAUUUCAAGAAUCAUUGUCUCUUAUCAAUAGCUAUGCAUCUUCUGAUAAAGCUAUGAAAGGAACUGGAUUUCCAGUCGAGGUUAAAGAUUUAACUAAAAGAAUCAGAACUGUAUUAAUGGCUACGGCACAGAUGCGGGAACACAACAAUGAUCCAGAGAUGCUAGUAGACUUACAGCAUAGCUUGGCUAAUUCGUAUGCUAGUACACCGGAGUUGAGACAUACUUGGCUUGAAACUAUGGCUCGAAAUCACGCAAGGGUGGAAAAUUUUUCUGAGGCUGCGUGUUGUCAGUUGCAUAUAGCAGCAUUAAUGGCAGAGUAUCUAAAGUUGAAAAAAAUCCAUACUUGGGGUGCAGAAGCAUUUGACAAGAUCUCUGUGAACAUUUCACGAGAUGAACGUGGGCUUAAGCUUGAUGCUGGUGAGAUUUGUGUGCAGGAUAUUCAUUAUAAUGAAUACCUUCUUCUGGAACAGCUUGAGGCAUGUACAGAAAUGUUGGAGAAGGCCGAGAGAUUUGAAUUACUAGGCCAAUUGUAUCGGCUAAUCAUUCCUAUAUAUGAGAGCAAAAGAAACUACCAGGCCUUGUCCAAUUGUUAUACGCACCUAGCACAAGCGUGUAACAAAGUUGUUGAGGUCACCAAAAGUGGCAAAAGGCUACUAGGAAGAUUUUAUCGAGUCGCAUUUUUUGGUUCGGCAUAUUUUGAGGAUGAAAGUGGUCAGGAAUACAUAUACAAAGAGCCAAAAGUAACAUCGUUGUCUGAAAUAUCUGAGCGUUUGAAUAGACUUUAUUCAGAGAAGUUUGGUCAUGAUGUUGUGAAAAUGAUCAUGGAUUCUGUGCCUGUUAAUAUCAGCGAACUAGAUCCAAAAAUGGCAUACAUACAAGUUACCCAUGUCAUUCCUUAUUUCGAAAAAUUGGAACUUGAGAUUCGAGUUACUGAAUUUGAGCAGAACCAUGAUAUGUGUUGUUUUAUGUUUGAAACACCUUUUACAAGAGAAGGAAAACCUAGGGGUAAUCCUGAGGACCAGUGGAAGCGUCGGACGAUACUUACUACACAAUAUUCUUUUCCUUAUGUGAAAAAACGUAUCGCAGUUUGUCAGAAACGAAUUGUGGAACUUAGCCCAAUUGAAGUUGCUCUUGAUGAAAUGCGACAAAGAGUUGCAGAACUAGAAGAUGUUGCUCUGAUUGCCCCAACAGAUGCCAAAAAACUUCAACUGCGGCUUCAGGGUAGUGUAUGCGUGACGGUUAACGCAGGUCCUUUAGCUUAUGCCUCGGCAUUUCUAGAUCCGGCUCUUUCGCCUCAAUAUCCCGAUGACAAAGUUGAAGAUUUGAAAGAUGUCUUUAGGGAAUUCGUUAAGAUUUGUUAUACAGCUCUCCAGAUAAACAGCAAAUUAAUAACUUCGGAUCAGCAUGAAUACCAAGAAGUUUUGCGUGAAAAUUACCAAAAAUUAUGUCAGAAUUUGUCUUCGCUGUUAGGUGAGUCUGUCUGGCCUGAUGAACAGGUUGGAAGUUUUAAGCGGAACAGCGCUGCUCUUUUUAGUGCUAUUAGCGGUGCUAAUAACCACACGAGUACUGCUUAAGAUUUUCGAGAAACAUAGAAUCAAGUGAGGUUGACUUAUUGUUGACAAAUAAAUGAAUGCAUAUUACUCAAAAUAGCAAAGUACGACUAAAUAUUUUUCAGUAAUUACUGAUUACUGAUUAGUUAUGCUUCAAAAUGUUGGAGCCGUCCUAAGUAUUCGAGCCAGUUUAGCUCUAGUUCAUAAAGUUUUGGUUGUACAAAUUUUUAAGUAUUCAAUUUUCUAUAUGGUAUUAGUUUAAUGUAGCACACAGUUCUAUAUAAUAUAUAGUAAGUUGAAUUGAUUCGAAGAUUAUAACAAGAUCUUAGAGCAGAUAUUUGAUACAUGUUUUAAUACGACGUAGCCAUUUUGUAUCCCUUGCCAUAAACUAAUUAAAGAAUAUAUAUAUAUAUAAAUAAGUAUCUGUAUACUAUGGAUAUUCGUUUAAUUAAAAUAUAUAUCAGUCGGGAAUAGUAGCUUCGGGGGAAUCUCACAAACUUGGCACAUUGACCCACAAGUAUUUAUAUAAUUGAAUUUUAUGGAACUUCAUUAAUUUUUUAUAUGUAAAUUAUAUGACAAUGAUAUGUAGAAAUGUUUUUUUUAAAUUUUACGUGCCUGAUCUUAUUUUAAAUCGGUAUAAUGCACAAUUUAUGUCGAAAUUAAUUAUGGGAUGGUUGGAAAAUCAAUUCAUUGAGAUGCUAACUUUGAUUAUAAUCUCAGUUAGUACUGCCCAAUAAUCAAGUGAUUUACUGAAAAAGUGGCAUGUGAAAAUUAGUAGUUAAUGUAAAUUUACAAUAAACUCAAAAUGUUACAAUGUUUUGUUCGACAUUAAUACUUGUUAUUUAAAUGAAUUGUGUAUAUAAUUAUGUGUAUAUUCAGGUAUAGAUAAUAUACAUACAAUAACAAAUAGGGAGUUGGGAAAUGACAAACAGCUAAGGAUUUGAUUUAUUCUUGGUCUGAUUUGAAAAUGAAAAAAAGUGAAGUGCUUUAAUUUUGAAAAAGUUCACUUUCACCUAUACAAAUUAAAUUAGUUCUAGAAUUUGAUAAAUCUAUAUCUGUUGUCUAAGUUAUAUUCUCCAACCCUAUCUAUUUGGGGAAUGGUUAACUCUUUUCCAUACUAAUAAUUAAUGAUGAACUCGUUUUUGCAAGUCAGUUGUUACCAUGUAUAUCUAUAAUGCCUUGUAAAAUACAAAUAUGUCUACACAGGUAUAAAAAAUCA